UACCUUUCCCACCAAAUUUACGGAUCACCUCACACUCACUCAAUCAAUCUCCAUCCUCUUGCUCAUCUCAACUCUUGCAAAUCUUGUCGUUUCAUUUGUCAUUUCUUUGUCCUAAUUAUUACUGCUAAAAGUUUCUCUCUUUUUUCUUCGUUGUUUCGCAGAAAACACAUACAUUUUUGUUAUUUUUAUGAAAAUAAGUAAAAAAAACGUAAUCCAUUCAUAAUAUAUCACACCUUUUCUGGGUAAAAAAGAAAAAGCAUUAUCUCCUUGAAUCUGCUGCAUCUUCUUUCGUAGAAAUUCAUCAUACAACUCAAUUAUUAUAACAAUUUCUCGCUGCUUUCUCUAUUUCAUACUAUUAUUUGAAAACUAAUAAAGUAGCGUGUUUUAAUAGAACAGGUCAAUUCUGUUUUUUACAUAUAAAUAAUUCGAGAGAACAUAAAAUAAUGUAGUAGCAUAUUUGUUGUUGUUGUUGUUGUUGUUGUUUAGAAUAUAAAAGAUAGUAAUUGUUAACAAAGUUUGUCAUAAUAGUUGUAGUUAGACUUUAGAGAAUAUAGAGAGAGAGAAUGGAGAGUUAUUUGACACAGAAUUUUGAGGUGAAACCCAAAGGAUCAUCAGACGAAGUACUGGAAAAAUGGAGGAAGUUAUGUGGUGUUGUCAAAAACCCAAAAAGACGUUUUCGAUUUACGGCCAACCUUUCAAAACGUUACGAGGCUGCUGCUAUGCGUCGUACCAAUCAGGAGAAGUUGCGAAUUGCUGUUCUGGUUUCAAAAGCAGCCUUCCAGUUUAUACAGGGUGUGGCACCAAGUGAUUAUGUAGUUCCGGAGGAAGUGAAAGCAGCAGGUUAUGGGAUAUGUGCUGAUGAGUUGAGUUGUGUUGUGGAGGGCCAUGAUUUAAAGAAAAUAAAGGCCCAUGGAGGAAUAACAGGCAUUGCAGAAAAGCUCUGCACGUCAGCUGAAGAUGGCCUUAAGACUGAUUCCCUUGCUCGUAGACAAGAGUUGUUCGGGAUCAACAAGUUUGCUGAGACUCAACUUCGGAGUUUCUGGGUUUUUGUUUGGGAAGCUCUUCAGGAUAUGACAUUGAUGAUUCUUGGUGUUUGUGCUUUUGUUUCUCUGAUAGUUGGCAUUGCCACGGAAGGGUGGCCUCUGGGGGCCCAUGAUGGGCUCGGCAUUGCAGCUUCUAUCUUACUAGUUGUAUUUGUCACUGCAACAAGUGAUUACCGUCAGUCCUUACAAUUUAAGGAUCUCGACAAAGAGAAGAAGAAGAUUGCUAUCCAAGUCACUAGGAAUGGUUACAGGCAGAAAAUGUCUAUAUAUGACCUACUUCCUGGUGAUAUGGUGCAUCUUUCUAUAGGAGAUCAAGUCCCAGCUGAUGGCCUUUUUGUGUCAGGAUUCUCGGUGUUGAUUGAUGAAUCAAGUUUAACCGGAGAGAGUGAACCUGUUAUGGUCAGUGAUGAAAACCCUUUUCUUCUAUCGGGUACUAAAGUCCAGGAUGGAUCAUGCAAGAUGAUAGUUACAACUGUUGGAAUGAGGACUCAAUGGGGUAAGUUGAUGGCAACUCUGAGUGAAGGGGGACAUGAUGAGACCCCAUUACAGGUAAAGCUUAAUGGGGUUGCCACCAUAAUUGGUAAAAUUGGACUUUUCUUUGCUGUUGUGACUUUUGCGGUACUUGUAAAUGGCUUACUUGCUCGUAAAUGGAGGGAAGGGACUCAUUGGCGUUGGGCUGGGGAUGAAGCAGUGGAGUUGUUGGAAUACUUUGCUAUUGCAGUUACCAUUGUUGUGGUGGCAGUUCCUGAGGGGUUGCCUUUGGCUGUAACUUUAAGUCUUGCGUUUGCCAUGAAGAAGAUGAUGAAUGAUAAGGCUUUGGUCCGCAAUUUGGCUGCUUGUGAGACCAUGGGAUCAUCUACAACUAUCUGUAGUGAUAAAACCGGAACUCUAACUACCAACCGCAUGACUGUGGUUAAAUCCUGCAUCGCCCUGAAUGUUAAGGAAAUCAGCAAGGAAUCCAACUUGCGUUCUGAGUUACCUGAUUCUACCUUAAAGCUUCUACUUCAAGCCAUAUUCAAUAACACAGGAGGGGAAGUUGUUGUUAAUAAGAAAGGAAAGCAUGAAAUAUUAGGAACUCCAACUGAGACUGCUCUCUUGGAUUUUGCCCUCUCACUUGGUGGUGAUUUUCAUGCUGAAAGGAAAGCAUCAAAGCUUAUCAAAGUUGAACCAUUCAACUCUACAAAGAAGAGGAUGGGUGUAGUAUUAGAGCUUCCUAAUGGAGGAGGUCUAAGGGCCCACACCAAAGGUGCUUCAGAAAUAGUUCUAGCUACCUGUGAUAAGGCCGUCAAUGCAAAUGGAGAGAUUGUUCCCCUUGAUGCAGGAAUCCUGGAGCAUCUUAAGGUUACAAUCGAUCAGUUUGCAAAUGAAUCCCUCAGAACCUUGUGUCUUGGCUAUAUUGACCUUGGGAGUACAGGGUUCGCUCCAAAUGACCCUAUGCCGACUGAAGGCUACACUUGCAUAGGGAUUGUGGGUAUCAAAGAUCCUGUUCGACCUGGAGUCAAGGAGUCUGUUGCUAUAUGUCGUUCAGCUGGGAUAACUGUACGGAUGGUUACAGGAGACAAUAUAAAUACAGCCAAAGCUAUUGCCAGGGAAUGUGGAAUUCUCACUGAUGAUGGUAUUGCCAUAGAAGGUCCAGUAUUUCGGGAGAAGAGCCUGGAAGAAUUAGAGAAAAUUAUACCGAAAAUCCAGGUCAUGGCACGAUCUUCUCCCCUAGAUAAACACACACUCGUUAAACACUUGAGAACAACAUUUAAUGAAGUCGUGGCAGUCACAGGAGAUGGUACAAAUGACGCCCCAGCUCUUCAUGAAGCUGACAUUGGACUUGCCAUGGGCAUUGCUGGUACUGAGGUGGCUAAAGAAAGUGCUGACGUUAUCAUUCUAGAUGACAAUUUCUCUACAAUUGUUACUGUUGCUAAGUGGGGACGUUCAGUUUACAUAAACAUUCAAAAGUUUGUGCAGUUUCAGUUGACUGUAAAUGUUGUUGCCUUGCUGGUUAACUUCUUUUCGGCCUGUUGGACUGGGAGUGCUCCACUCACUGCUGUUCAGCUUUUAUGGGUUAACAUGAUCAUGGACACACUAGGAGCUCUAGCAUUGGCUACUGAACCUCCUAAUGACGAGUUAAUGAAGCGAACACCAGUUGGGAGGCAAGGGAAUUUCAUCAGCAAUGUCAUGUGGAGAAAUAUAUUAGGCCAAUCUUUCUAUCAAUUCAUGAUAAUUUGGUUUCUCCAAGCAAAUGGAAAAGCUUUGUUUCGCCUUGAAGGCCCAGAGGGCGAUUUGAGUUUGAACACUCUCAUCUUCAACUCAUUUGUGUUCUGUCAGAUUUUUAAUGAAAUAAGCUCUCGAGACAUGGAGGAGAUAGACGUUUUUAAGGGCAUAUUUGACAAUUAUGUUUUUGUUGCCGUCAUCAGUAUCACCCUCUUCUUUCAAAUUAUAAUCGUUGAAUAUCUUGGUACAUUUGCCAACACCACACCUCUGAGUUUUAUGCAGUGGUUCGUUAGUAUCUUCAUCGGAUUCUUGGGUAUGCCAGUUGCAGCCGGCUUAAAGAAAAUACCUGUUUAAACUAGAAGUGCAGUUUGUAUUGACGAAGUCCAAAAGCAGAUGUUUGCAUUAAGCAUUAACAGUCUAACACCCCUUGUUAUCCAUUGCUAACUUCUUGACCAGCACAGCAAUUGAUUGGAAGAGUUUCAAGUAAAUGUUCUGCAUUUCGGUACCGUGAGCUCGAGAUAACUCUAUUUCCUUCAUUUUUCUGAUUUAAGACAUGUUUUUGGCAAUCCAGGCACUUUGGGAUGCCAGUUUAUAGGGCAGUAGCUUGUUAGUUUAGAACUAUCCUUUUGUGAGUUUCAAACUAAGUAGGAAAGUCUACUACUUUUGUACACCAUUAUGAUGUCCCUGUAACUCGGAUAUUGAUUUUAUUCA